UUGUCCAAUGAGCGUCUUCGCAAAGGAUCUAAUCAGCGGGCAGGUUGCUGGGGCAGCCGCCGUGGGCGGUGUCACUGAGCCGCGCCAGGUGAGCCUUGUAGAACCCAGUCCGUCUCUACUACCUUGUCCGGGGCUCGCUCAUUUUCCCGGCGUCCGUCGACCCCGCUUCCAUGUCACCGGUGGACGCAGCACCCCGACACCUUCACGCCCAUGGCCACUAGCCUGAGGAGGCCCUCUUUCACCACCUGUUCUUCCCCUACCGACACGGACGACGAGGGCGUGCGCGGCACUUGCGAAGAUGCUUCUAUAUGCAAGAGGUUUGCAGUGAGCGUUGGCUACUGGCAGGACCCUUACAUCCAGCAUUUGGUGAGACUGUCUAAAGAGAGGAAGGCCCCGGAAAUUAACAGAGGAUAUUUUGCUCGAGUCCAUGGCGUCAGCCAGCUUAUAAAGGCAUUUCUACGGAAGACAGAAUGUAAUUGUCAAAUUCUAAACCUUGGGGCUGGGAUGGAUACCACCUUCUGGAGGUUAAAGGAUGAAGAUCUUCUACCAAGUAAAUAUUUUGAAAUCGACUUUCCAAUGAUAGUCACGAGAAAGCUGCACAGCAUCAAAUUGAAACCUCUCCUAUCAAAACCCAUUUUAGACUUACAUUCAGAGGACACACUUCAAAUGGAUGGGCACAUAUUGGAUUCAACAAGAUACGCCAUCAUUGGAGCAGAUCUCCGAGAUAUACAUGAACUGGAAGAGAAACUAAAGAAAUGUAACAUGAAUACACAAUUGCCAACCCUCCUGAUAGCUGAGUGUGUGCUGGUUUACAUGACUCCGGAGCAGUCUACAAACCUUCUCAAGUGGGCAGCCAAGAGUUUUGAGACUGCCAUGUUCAUAAACUACGAACAGGUGAACAUGGAUGACCGGUUUGGGCAGAUCAUGAUUGAGAACCUGCGGAGACGACAGUGUGACCUGGCGGGAGUGGAGACCUGCAAGUCGUUAGAGUCUCAGAAAGAACGGCUCCUGUCGAGUGGGUGGGAAUCGGCAUCAGCCAUUGACAUGAUGGAAUUGUACAGCAAAUUACCUCGUGCCGAAGUGAGCAGAAUAGAGUCUCUUGAAUUCCUGGAUGAAAUGGAGCUUCUUGAACAACUGAUGCAGCAUUACUGCCUUUGCUGGGCCACCAAAGGAGGAAGUGAACUGGGCUUGAAGGAAAUAACUUACUGAUCUGUUCAAGACUCGUGCUGAGCCGGAGCUGAAGCCACUGACCUUUCCGGAGUUGAGUCUCCGAGUUUCCUGAGUGGUGGUUAGGCCUCGGCUACCAGUCUCCCCGCUCGCCGAGAGACCUCACUGACCGAGGUGCUUGUACCAGUUCCUGUUCCUGUCGGCUUUUACCGUUUAAAUAAAUCUCAGUUGCCA